AUGGGACUUCAGCUCAUGCUGCAUUGUCAAUGUGGAUAUACUUGCGGUAUCAAGGCUGCCUUGGACCGGCACCUGGCAAAAUUUGCCGGCACUGAGUUCGAGCACGAGCACGGCCCCAGCUUGCCGGCUCCCAGCUUGCCAGCGAGAGGUGUGCGAAGUGCUCCACUUUUGGAGUUUGGCAAGGACUUCUAUGAAAGCACCUCGCCCAAAGGGAAACAUGAAACAGCCGUGCAGCCUGUCAGCGCCCCAGGCUCGUCGCUCGAAGUGGAACUGGCCGUCCGCUGGCGUCUGUUGGCCUUGGGACGAGGUCACAAAGACAUCAGAGCUGGAAAGGAUGUUCCAGCAGAUGCUGUAGGAGGACGGGAUGCGCCAAAGGAAAGUGCGGCGUCAAACCCCAGUGGCCGUGCGGAAGCGAAGGCAACAAGGAGCUCGGACUCUGGGGGUCCUUGUCGAGAUCAAGGUUUCAUCGAUUCUGGGCCAGUGAAGGCCUUGCCCUUUUCCAACUUGCUGAUGUUUGCGCUGGCAGAAGUGGCAAAGGCUGCAGCUGCUCGCGGCCAGACACAGGCGAUGCAGCGCUGUCCAAAGACAGUAUCUUGCCGAAGACUGCACUGCGAAGAGGCUGAAGUCGCAUCCAAGAAACGGCGCGUAGAUGAGAAGCUUGAUGGCGAUGUGUUGACUCAGCGCAGUCCUGACAAGCAGUUUCGAUUCCACGCAAUUCCUCUGCAGCUAGGCGAGGAGAUGGCAACAGAAGUAUUGAACCCAAUGUCGAACUCGGCCGACAGUUCCUUGACGUACGCAUAUGUCGGACUCGAUGGCCGUGCCCUCAAUGGUAUUUCCGGUUUGUCCACGCCAGCGGAAGAGGACGGUUUGACAGAGCUCGGAUUCCGACAAGCAGCUGCUCUUGCCGAGAGGCUGCAGAAGGAGCUGAGGUCCGUGAAACUUCCCCACCUCACCCUGGUGUCUCGGUCUCAAAGGCGCUGCGUCUACACCAUGCAGCCAGCAAUCCAGGCUUUGCAACCACAGGCCGAGCACACUCUCUGUCACGGUGGAAGUUACGAGUUUGGCUGUGCUGGCAAAGUUCAUCCUGGAUCAAGUCUACACGAGCUGUUGCAGGAGUUUCCCGAGUUAUCGCCAGUCGGUUUCAGUGCGGAUGGUUUCUGGGACUAUCAGGGAUGCAACGACAAGGAGACAGAGCCUGAAUGUAGAGCGCGAGUCAUGCGGCUUGUCAGCUGGUUGAUGACAAUCGCGAGAACUAGAGGUGGACCGAAGGGCCACACCAUCGUCCUGGUCACUCAUCAAACCAUAAACGACCUGUUGUGCAGCAUUCUUCUUGAUGGCACUGCUGCUGUCUGGAAAUAUGGACAAAUCAGGUACCGCCUGCAAAAUGCAGGUAUCACAGAGGCCGGCGUUUGCAUUUGGCCCCUGCAAAGAUGA